AUGUUUGAAAUAUAAUGAUUCAUAUCUCCGAGGCUGUGACUUGUGUUCUGGACUCAACUGACUGGGCUAGACAGGGGAGUGAGACCAAUAGAGACUCUAGGCCGUCCGUACGUGUUUACGUGUCAUUGAAUCGAUCGAUAAGUACGCUGCUCUCUAAUUUUCCAGUAAAGGACACAACAAUUAGCACAGGAUAAAAAUCGACCACAACUUAAAUUCAUAACAAUUGGCGACGGGGUGGAGAAAAAUUUUGAACCUUGUAAUUGGACGAGAUUCAGGCUAAUUGUUUCGACCAAUCAGCAUCCAGAUUGUCACCAGCGUCCUUGAGCAACAUUGGUCAUUAUUCCUACAGUUAAUUUUCAUUGCAGGUGCUGAAAAAAAUGACUACCUUUUCCGAUCGAUUACAGCUUCUACUUGAGCAACAACAGCAGUGCUUCAAAAAUAGCCAGUUAAAUUUUUUAGAAAAUUUACGCACACUGUUGGUAAAUCUUCCAUGUUUCGGAGAUGCAACAGAAGUUGGCAAGUUCAUUUCUCAUCUGCAGACUGAGCUGGAAAACAACUGCAGAACAUAUGAAGCUGUUUAUAAAAGCCUCUGUGAAUCCCGGACGACCAGUGAUGUAAACGAGACAGUUAUUCAUGAUCCGCCCAGUUGUCCAGAAAUGUCAAAUUCCGAAACAUUCCCUGUUGUGGGUUCAAAUCCCACUGUGCCUGAAACAUGUGAGGUAUCCAGCUUACAAGAAGAACCUCUCGUGCCAGGAAAUGUUUCCCGUGCAUCAAAUAAUGGUCAGAAAUCUAAUAUGAAUUUCAAAGAUGCUGUUUGUUUUAGUGACCUAUUAUCCAGUGAUAGAAUUUUGAAGAGGUCUGAAGAAUAUGUUGCACAAGAAUCAAACCUUAAUGACCUCAUGUCUGGUGUCGCUAAUCCUCAUCACCUAGUCAGUUUUAGUGAACCCUCUACUCAAUGCGCGAAAUAUGCUUUAAUUCGAAUCAGACUAACUGUUACUUGGGUAUAUGAGGACCCAACGUUAUUUCGUGGGGGAGGAUGAACCCAGAAAAUUUCAAAAUCCGGAUAUCAACUCCGGG